UCCAGGAUGUGCAACGCUCUCCUCUCAGUCUCUAUGUCUUUUUUUUUUCUGUGUGCAUUUUUGCACUACAUACAGAGGAUACCUCUAGCUCUGACGAGGCCAGUACAGGGAUCAAAACUUCUUCUUUCUAAUAUAACAAAAGAGAAAAUUUUCAACAGUGUUUUGGGACCUUGGACAGCAGAUAUCACAAAGUAUUCUGGACCUGGACAAGAGAGCUGUCCUGGAAAAAAAAAAGUCUCUCCCGGGACACAAUUUGUCCCGUUUUUUGGGGAAAAUGCAGCAGCAGCAGGCCAAAGAGAUCAUCCAGAAUCAGUGCAACAGGCUCAAGAACAUCUGUGUCAGAGAGACAACAAAGAGCAGAUUUCAACAUACAGUAAAGGGCAUCGCUUCAACAGUCUUCCAGGAAUCCCGUACAUCCAGAGAGGAGAAAAGGUGUCUGAUCCUGUCGUCCCCACCAUCGCUUAGUGUUAAAAUUUGGAACCAUGUGGAACCCAACUAACGACCAGACGGGACAAGUGGCCGCCAGGAUGGAGACCACUCCGUCUUUGGGUAGUGCGAGCAUCUCUGUGUCCCAGCAGCAGGCACCCAAGAAAUUUGCCCCUAUGGUUGCACCCAAGCCCAAGUUCAACCCUUACAAACAGGCAGGAGAGCCCGACCUCUCUGGUACUGCAGCAGACUACCCUCCCCCUCCACCACCUGCAGAAGAUUCAACCGGUUUCCCCCCAUCCUCUGGUUCCUUCCCUCCUCCUCCACCGGUGAACUCGUAUGAUUUUCAGAUGAAAGGACCAGAGAAGACCCUGGAGGAGAGACGCUCCAGUCUGGAUGCUGAGAUCGACUCCCUCACCAGCAUCCUGGCAGACCUGGAGAGCAGCUCGCCCUACAAGCCACGGAACACACAAAACUCGGGAUCCUCUGCAACCUCGACCCCCAGUGCUCCGGUGACUGGUUACAAGCGCAUGGUCAUUCCAACGCAGCCACCCCUGACUGCCACCAAGAAGUCUACGCCCAAACCUCAGGCUCCUGGGGGAGUCUCGUCUGUCCCCCCUUCUUCUGCCAGCCCCGUGGCCAAGCCUCAAAGCCACACAGCUCCUCAGCCUGUCCCGGCCUCUUAUGCUACAGCUUCAACCCCGAGCCAGCCCACCUUCAAUGUCCAGGUGAGGUCAGCCCAGCCUGGCCCCCAGCAUCAAGCCCCAAUGGGGCACAAUUUUGGCCAGCAGCCCAUUCGCAGCCCUGCGCAGGUGCAGUACAUGCCCGCCCAGCCCAAAGGUCCCGACUUUGCCUACGGACCACCACAGCCUGGCUUCUCCCAGAUGGCUCAGGGUGCAUACCCAGAGCAGUACCAUCCAGGAGGACCACAAGUCGGUGGCACCAGGAGACCUGAGCAAGCCCCCGCCCAAGCAUACCAACCUCCAGGCCCCAAAAAGACCUACAUCACAGAUGUCCCGCCAAGCUUGGCUCCCUACACCGCUGGACCAGCUGUUCCAGCAAAGGGCGGUGCACCCAUGGCCCACCCUGAGGACGAGCUGGAGCGCCUGACCAAGAAGAUGCUGUUUGACAUGGACCACCCACCAUCUGAGGAAUAUUUUGGGCGCUGUGCCAGCUGUGGAGAGAACGUGGUGGGUGAAGGCACCGGCUGCACCGCCAUGGACCAGGUCUUCCAUGUCGACUGCUUCGUCUGCAUGACCUGCAGCACCAAGCUGCGUGGCAAGCCUUUCUACGCUGUGGAGAAGAAGGCGUACUGUGAGCCUUGCUAUAUUAACACCCUUGAGACCUGCACCAUCUGCAGUAAGCCCAUCAUGGAGCGCAUCCUGCGGGCUACAGGGAAAGCCUACCACCCUCACUGCUUCACCUGUGUGGUGUGCCACCGCAGCCUGGACGGCAUCCCUUUCACCGUGGACGCGUCCAACCACAUCCACUGCAUCGAGGACUUUCACAAGAAGUUCGCUCCACGCUGCUGUGUGUGCUCUGAGCCUAUAAUGCCAGCACCGGGCCAGGAGGAGACCGUCCGUAUUGUGGCCCUGGACCGCGACUUCCACGUGCAGUGUUACCGCUGUGAGGACUGUGGCUCCCUGCUCUCAGAGGGGGAUAACCAGGGCUGCUACCCUCUGGACGGACACGUCCUCUGCAAAAACUGUAACACCAGCCGCAUCCAGGACCUCACCGCCAAGGCCACCACUGACCUCUGAACAACCCGCCGCCUGGUCACCUCCACUGUGAUAACCCAACGCUCGCUCUGUCUCUCUUUGUCUCUCCCUCUCUCUGUCUUUCUUUCUUUCUCUCGCAAACAUACCAACCCACAGAAGCUUGCAUUCCUCAGCAUAAAUAUAUAUCCCUCUAUAUAUACUCACUUUCAGUAAACAUAGCAUCACGUGUUCACCUGCAUACAUGUAUCUAUUCACUCGGUACAAUCACAGCAGAGGAGACUGUGUGUUUUUAACUGUGCUGUUAAAGGAAUAGCUUAACAGUUUGGGAAAUAUGCUCAUAUGCUUUCUAACUGAGAGUUACGUGAGAGGAUCGAUGCCACUUUCAUGUCCGUACACUAAAUAUGAAGCUACAGUCAGCAGGCGGAUAGCUUAGCUUAGCAUAAUAACAGCUAGCGAGGCUCUGUUAUUAUGCUCACUAAUUAACAUGUUGUACUUCACAGUUUUACGGCUGCUUCUAGGCAAGAAAUACUCCACUACAUUCUUAGAGCUUUGUUUCUGCACAGAUUUUAAUAAUGAGAUAAAACUUGUUACCUAGAGAGCUUCAGAGGCGCUGGUAGGUGGUUUUUGUUACCACUGAUAGAGUCGGACUUGUUGUGUUCAGUCUUCAGCUGACUAUUUGUGUAUCAGUUAUUUGUCUUGCGUUAUGCUAAAUGCUUAAAGAAAGCAUAACUUCUCGUAUCCCAAAAUGACAAAAAUCGUAAUUUUACCUUGCAGAACACAGGAGCUGCUGGUCUGUAAAAUGGGAUGAGUAAUUAAUAUGCAAAUGGUCAUUUAGGGGGUAAAAUAUUGUAAUAUUAUAAAAGAAGUUUGAAUUUAUUUCGGUCUGUAAAUAGAAAUAAGAGUGUCAUUUUUAAUCUGCAAUUUCAUGUAAAUAAAGUUGCAGCCUCUCACAGAAAAUGGCAGAUACUUAAAUAUUACAGGGCAAAACAUUACAGUAAAGUAAUUUAAUAUAACUUGGACACUACACCGACCCUUUUAAACAGCACAUCAUAUUUAGCAGUCAACAACACAACAAACUAAAGCAGGCAAGGGCAAAAAAGUGGCUUCAUAUUUCAAGCAUAUUUCCCAAAAUGUGAAACUAUUGCUGAAAUCACUUCAAACCCACCAGUUAACCGUUUCAGUAUACAUCAUCACUCAGUUAUUAUCUCAUAUCAUAAUCACCUUAAACCGGCAUGUUCUAGCCAGGGUGGGCAUGUAUGCAUGCACGCACAUUUUUCUGACUCCACCGAAACAUGCAAAAUGUUUGACACACCUGCCCUGCAGGUGAAGACGAAUAGAUGGACGUGUGUCUGUAGCUUUAUCAGUAUUUACAGUAAGCUGCAGAGAACACUUCUUUUAUUCUUUAGUGUUUGUUACACUGCAAACCCACAGACGGUACACGAAUAGGGAUCACAUUACACACUGAAGCUCAUUAUUGCAACACAGUUCUGCAUAACUUGAACACCAAAGAAUUGAAUUUAAGCUGCCAUAUUUGCUGUGUUUUGUACGCAACUAUAUUCAACUUACAUUUUAUCGAUCGGGACCACAGGAGUAACACAUGGUAAUUCUCAGUGUCAAAGUGAAAAUCCUCAGUAGGCAGCUGUUGAAUGCAAUUCCCUUUUUAACAUAAUAUUUUCUUUGUUCUUUCCAAGCAAAUUUGCUUUUAUGUAUAAAUAAUUUUCUGUUGGCCUGAACAGUACAAUCACGGCUCUGCAUUCAUACAGAUACGGCCCUAUGUUUGAGUAUAUCAUCUUUGAGCAGAUAAACAUGUAACUUCUCUCAUUCACAGCGACAUAUUUUAGAUUAGUGAUUGCAGUCUGGUAGAGGUAACGGAUUAGAGAUGGCUAUGCAAUUUUUGAUGUUAAUUGCAUCGACACUUUAUAAGAAAUUUUAUGAAAAAGGAAAUAUUUUACCUGUACAGAUUCAAGCAUAAGUGUCCUUAUAGUAAUCCUUUAAUCAGAACUAUGCUGUUGGUACUGUGUGCCUGUGUGUGUCACUGUGCUGUGUGUCAGUAUUGAUUGUACCAUUCAGACUUGUCUUUUAUAUUUAGUGUUUGUUUAAGGUUGAUGGGCGAAGAAGGGACCAUGAGAGUUUCCCAGAAAUGACUGAUUUUAUUAUUUUUUUCCAUCCAACAAUCACAGUCAGCCGACCAGAAGUUUGACUGUUUGAAUAGUUACUUUGUUAUAAUUACUAGAGUAAUACGAUGAUGGUGAGUUAAAGGUAUCCUGUGGAGUUUUUGACCACUAGUAGCGCUGUGGAGCGAUGGUUUUAUGAUGGGGCCCCCAUUUAGUUUAGAAUCUUGCACGCACCCAUUCUUCCGUAUGCAAAGGCGGGUCACCACAGGCCCAGCCUGGUAUCUGACUGACCACCCCUGACACCCUUCAUCCAUAAGAUUUAGGGCACAAAUGUAGUUGAGUGACCACCGCCUGCCAGGGCAAUAAUUGUGUAGGAUGUGACACACAUGGAAAGCUGCCUCACCAGCUAAUGUUGGCUAGCUUGCUAAUAAAUAUCAAAAUAUGAUGUCACCGGUACAUUCCCCAUUUCCUUACGUUCCAUGCCUGUCUCCUAACUCACUGUCAGCCAGGCAGCAUCUCACGUGGAGCAGUUUUUAUUUUUCAUGGCCAGUAUCAUAACAAUAUCGGCUGGUUAGACACGGCAACAAUCAGUGUCCACACAUCUGUUUUUGCUUCUGGUUGAGGCUGUGCUGGUCAGAGUUCACCAGAGUUCAGCACCACUGCAUAUUUGCUUUGCCACUGGAUGCAAAUGUCACAUUUAAUGGAGGUGAACAGGAAGCAAAUAUUCACCAAUGUUAAUUUUGCGCACCACCACAAAAUGAUGCACAGCAACUACAAAGGGACAUCGAAUGACCACAGACACAGACUUCAUCUUGAAAACUAAGUUAUGUGGCUCUUUCAGUUGAGGUCGUGCUUCUUAAAGGGGUGGGGGCCCUUUUACAUGUCUGUGUCUAAGGGCCUAUUGUGUCAUAACCUACUCAUGCCUCUAGCAGGUGACGUGAUACAUGUUUUUCACUGGUGGUUCGACGCUAGUUUGCUAAUCAACAGUUGGUGGAAGUAACACUCCAAGCUACGAAGCUAUGCUAGCAUGGAUUUAAACCAAACAGCAACCUUUGGGGCUGAAAAAUGAAGCCAAUGGGAAAGCGUCAAAAGCUGCAGUUCUUUGAAUGGCCAAUGGGGCUGGCUCCAACUAUGAGUCAGUCCCCCUAGACCUCAUGACAAGUUGCGCAUAAUUGAGUGACUGUCUGUCGAUAGUUUCCUGUGGCUCCACCUCUCGCUCCUCCACAGCUUCACUCUCUCAUCCAAACAUGGUUGCUUCUGGCUCCAAAAAAACAAGAUGGCGACGGCCAAAUUGCAAAACUUAAGGCUUCAGUACAUCCACAGACUAAUGAGUGAUGUCAUGAUGACGUUAUCCAUUAUUUUUAAACAGUCCAUGAUAUAAACAUUGCCUGAUUUAAAAUAUACAAAUGUUUUCAUUUUGGGUUUUGAUUUGUUUACAAGAAAACUCCGCAGGGUGCCUUUAAACAACCAAGACGAUGGAGUCAGUCAGUACUGGUCUGCAUAUUUAUUAAUCGGAUCAGUCUACAGUAUUUCCUCAGCCCUGAUUACAGAUGGGUAUGUAGAUGGAUAUGUUAUGAACAAAGCAAUCAGUUAUCAUUUUCAGAACAUUCUCUUUACUUGUCUUUAUAGUUUCCUCACAUGUUUAGUGUCUUUUGGAUAUCAGAAACAAACAUACUGUAUCUACUGUUAACAGUAAGUCCAGGUACAUCCGAGACAUUGUGAUCAAGUUUUAACCGGGGGAACACACUGUAAAUAACUGUGCUAAUAAGCCCAUUAAUAAUACAUUAACACAUUUGCUUGGGCACAAUUUCUACAUAAACACAUAGAGACCUUUGACUAUUUAAAUGCUAAAGGAGUUUUUAAUAUUCCCUAAAAACAUAGUAAAAACUCUGCACUGCCGGGCCAGUAGAAGGUUAGGCAACCUAAACUCUAUGUCCUCGGGGAUUUUUCCAUCAAUAUCUGGAGUGCAGUUCACUGGUCACACACAAAAACUGAAAGACACCAAGACUUACAGAAAAGUGAAACUCAUAACCGAGUCCUUGAGAGGAAAAUUGUGUCUUAAAUAGAUGUCAGAAAUGUCUCCUCAGUGUCACAAAACUUGAGCUGGGAACACAGUUUAGAGUCAUCUUGUAUUUUAUAUAAUCAGUAAUUAAUAAUAAAUAACUAUAAAUAGAUGAAGCUGUAGGAGAAGAUGCAUUUAAAUCUGUGCGUCUCCUAGUUACGGAAGACUUAUCUCUAAUACUUUGAAUAACUGCACAGUAUAUCACAACAUGCUGGCCGUUUGACACUUGACUCAGUGAGCCGUCUGAUUACUGGUUGUUAGGCAACAAAGGACAGAACCUACACACUCCAUAGAGCGUCAUGCCACAUGUGUUGCUAGGUUUCACCUCUCAGAGAUGUUGCUGGGGAUCCGGCUCAGUUAGCAUGUCAUGUUGGCUGUCUGCGAGAGGUCAGUACUGGGCCCGCUGACCUGCUGGGAUAAUGAGGCAGCACCCAGGAUCUCACAUCUGGUGAUGGGAACACAAAUGAAGAUUUCAAAGGCGGAGAUUAAAAAAAAACGUUCAGCUGAUGAAUUAAAAACCUCGUCUGAACAGAAGUAGUACAGUGAUGCUCAUUUAAAAUUGUAAUUCAGGUAAUUUUCAUAGCCAAUUGUCUCUUAAAACAAUACGAGCUUUUAGUCAGUAAGUGGACCUUUGUGCUUUGCUUUUCUUUCUGAAGUCAAAAUGGUAUCCAUUAUUCAGAUCUUCCUCUGGUUCUUACUCUACAGGAAAACAUGUCACUGCAACACUGAAGCAAUAAGCAGUAGGAACUGUGCUUUCACGCCUGACCAUAGCACAGAUGAAUCAGUAACUUAAUUGGUGACAGUGUGAGGAAGCAUACAGUAACUGUGAGCUACAAACAUCGUGUAAAAAUGUGGCUCACAACAGAAAGUGUGCGCUUUUACUGUAAGACCUGAGCAUGAUGUUUGGUGACUGAACCAGUUAACAAAACACUGGUUUAUCUUAUGGAACAUGUAAUACAGACAUCAAAUGCAACUGUAAACGCACAUUUAACGCCUGUGUUAGAAGAUUUGCCAGUGUCAUACACCAGAAGGGUCACUGUUAGAGUUUUAAAGGAUGUGAGGACACUCGAGAAAGUUAUUAGCAGCUAGCUGAUGAACAUAGCAGAGCAUGUGUUUUGUUGUGGCUAAAAAUAUAAAUGAAUAUUUGACGCACAUUAUUUAAUAUAGAAAAUAAGUUAGCAAGUGUCAUUUUAAAUUACAGGCUGCAAACUGCUCAGAAAACAGUAAAAGCAUUACAAUAAUCGGUCUCUCCAGGAUUUUUGCUGGCUUUUAUGGGGAUUGUUGCGGUCAGAGAUACCUUCAUGGCAGCUUUGUUUUUGUUUUUUUAAUCGCGAUGCAAGGUUUUAGAGGGCUUUUGCAGUGAAAUAUUUUAAAAGUAGCUGUGAUGCUGUCUGUGAUUGGGGGCCUGUUAAAACGAGCAUUCAGUGUUUCCCACAGAGUUAGAAUCUAAUUGUGAUGGUAGCUGAUUGCCGAACAUCAGCUGUUGCUGCCAUUUGAAGUAACGUCUCUGUGAGCUGCUCUCUAUGCUUGGUUAGCAUGAGCUAACACAGCAGCAGGGGCUAACACUCGACCCCGAACCCUGUUAAUAUCCACUGGAUAACAUUUGCCGUGUGAUGCUAACAGUUAGCCCUGUCACUGUGUGUGAGACGCUGUCCCCAGUGCGGAGCUCACACUCCUGCAGCAGUCGUAUUCUCAUAAUUACUACAGACAAAGGGGCUGAGAGAAUCAAUAUUCUGCGUGCAGCUCUGCAAUGAAAUGAGAUUUUACUUGUUUUAAAUACUUAAAUUUGCAUUAAAGUUGCGCUGAUUGGACGAAAUUGCAAGGUUGUACUGAAUUCAUGAGGACUGGCUGAAUUUUGAGUUAACUGUAGUGAUCACGACAUCCUGGAGAGGCUGAUUAGUGCUGCAUAUCUUUUAAAGGACUUAACAGUUAGGAGUUAAUCAAAAUGGCAGCGUGGACUAGUACAAUAUCUAAAUAGCAGGAGAUGAAGCAUUUGUUAAAGGCAAAAUAUGUGUAAAAUUAGCUUAUUACCUUCUGAAUGAAGUGUUGUGGUGCUGCAGUGACGUCGCAGCCCACAAAUCAUUUUCUGCAGACUUAAGGAAAGUCUCUGUUUGACACAGAGCCUCACAAAACAUCACAACAUGAGAAUAAUGAUGCAAAAAUGUUGUGAAUCGUACAGUAACUGCAAUAUAUCAUUCAGAAUAAUCACAACUGGAUAUAUAUUUCCAAAUCAUUCAGCCCUAGUCUGAUGUUUUUUCACAUUUUAUAUGCUGUAGAAUAUUUAAUUAUUGGCUUAUUAGCACAUGUUUUAUACAAAGCGUCCCCCUGUCACAGAACUUCAAUGUGCCAUAAAAUCUGUAUUAAACUCUCCCGUUUACUCGUACGGACAGUUCUGAACACAUCACACAUCUUUGCAGGAGCAUAUCUGACAUGAGGCUUGAUGCUACGAGUAUAAAGAAAAGACCAUAAUGAUUUUUUUAUUUGUUCAGUGUGUUCGUGUUUGUGUCUACUGUCUUUGUUCUACCCAUGUUUGUAAAAGUGCCUUUGGCUGAGCAGUAUUGAAUCACUAUACUGUGUAUUUCAUAUUUUGCCGUGCCUCACUCAAAGAUGUUGCCAUGUUUACUCGUCUUUUACCAAAGCAAAUAAAGAGGAUCCCUUUUGUUUGGGCCGACUCUGUAUCCAUACAGUAGAUGUUUCCAUCAGCUGCGGUGCUUUAGGCUUUGGCAGCGGAGGCUGAAAUGGUUUUGAGUGUGAAAACUCUCCUGAAAGAGCUUUGACCCUCUGUUGUUAAAGUAAAGCAUCUCAUCUGUGAUCUUUGGAAGGGGCAUGUAGUCAACUGGUGUUUUUUUUUUUUUUUUCUUUCUUCAAUAAAAGCUUUGCAAUAGCA